GACCCAAACAGCCUGAACAGUCCGCGGGAAAGAGCGGAGAGGCCGUUGGUAAUGCAGCUCCAGCGGAUUCAGUAAUAAAGGAUUUAUUUUAUUAAUCUGGGUUAUUUUGGAAAAUGAGUCGGGUGACACGGAUGGUGAAAGGUGUUCAGAAGGAGCUGAAGAAGAGAAAUCAGAAGCCUGUUCUUAAUGAAGAUCUUGAAGACCUUGAUGGUUUGGAUGUGUCUUCAAUAGAGAAGGCCAGUUUCCUUCAAGAAGAACAAUUUUCUUCUCAUGGUAACCCUCUGCAUAGCACUGCCUUAGAAGAUGGUUGUAGUCCAGAACUGAGCAGUCAUCCUCAGGCUGCUGCAGGAAGAAAAGAGACAGAAAAAGGACAAAAGAAAAAGCAGCAUGUGACUGAGACUCCUAAGCGACCAGCUCGUGUUGAGAAAGGUCAAGCUAAAACAAAACAUAAAGGUGAAAUUCACUCACAACAGAAGAUCUCUGGAUCCAAAGCAAAUCAAAAGCCAACACAGAAAGUAAAGCAGGGGUUAAAAUCACGACGUCUUCAGACAAUCCUAGAGAACAAAGGAGCAGAAGGAAAGAAAAAGGCACAGACUGAAGUCCAUAAGGAUCCUACCAAUGAGGGUGCAGAGGCUGAUACAUCACCUGAUGCCACUCCUGCCCAGAGCCAGCGACGGCCAUCUAUCUCAUCAGAGGAAGUGACUGAUGAAGAUGAGAGCUUUCACCCGAGCAAACAGAAGCGUAAAUCCUCUGAAGGGAGGCAGAGGGGGGCAAGGACAUCGUCUGGUCAGCAGCAGAAAGGUCAGAAACAGAAGAGGAAAUCUUCAUCCGGAUCUUCAGAUGGUGGAAAUCUCCGCAAGAAGCAGAAACACGAAGCUGUAAAGAAUCCAAUUGAUCUGGAUAUCGUUCUAGAAGCUUUCCAGGAUUUUGUUGCCCAGUACAAAGAGACAGUGGACUCUGAUUCUGUAAAAAAGGCCAUUGAUGCUUUUUCUAGUUCAUUUGAGGAGCAACUCUCAGAGAUGAUCACAGCAACUAAGGAGAUGAAUGAUGUGAAGCGGACAGCUGUCAAGAUUAAUAGUACCCUGAACCACAAAAAAACUAAACUUUUGGAGGCCAAGAAUGAACUAAUUAAGAGUGAAGAUGAUGUGAGGAAGCUUCAGAAGGAGCAUGAUGAGCUGCAGCAGAGGCUGCAGGCCUUGAGGCAGGGCACUUCCUUUCUCACCAAUCUGAAGGCGCUGAACCAGCGGUACCUAGACUACCGCAUUGCUCACCCUGAUGAACCAGAAACGUAUGGUCCCUCCUGCAUGCCAGCAAUGCUUAUGGAGGCCAGGAGCAUCACAGGUACUGGAACCCAGUUAAAGAAUAUAAAUAACAAGCUGCAGCAGAUUUUGGAGGAACAUGGUCACAAAUAAUCUUCAUGAGCAUAAUGAGUUUAAACAGCUUAAGACAUCAAUAAUAACAUAUUCAACUAUAAGGACAGAGUAAAGUUGUUUGGUUUAUUUGUAUCUCAUGCAAACUGUAUCACUAAAAUAAGUGUAAAAUACUGUAGAAUACAAUUUAUAAGUUUUUGUCAUUUCAUUGGAGGUUUUGUUAUUAAAUUUAAUGUAAAAUCUAAUGCA